AUGAUAAUACACGUAGUAACUUUUAAAAAUUGCAAUUUUAUUUACGAACAGACAAGUCGACACCCGUUUAGCAAGCUGAUCUACAACGGACCUGUAAUCGUACAGGCGUUUUUCAUGCUGUCCAGUUUUCUCCUCGCCUACAACCUGAUCGACAGCGAAAAAGACCCAAAGAAGGGACUUAGCCUUCGCUCACUGCCACGUCUUCUUUUAAAUCGUAUUGCAAGAAUUACGCCAUUGAAUGUUUUUAUGAUUGGCUUUACGGCAACUUGGUGGCGACACAUGAGCGAUGGCCCUCUAUGGAAACCAUUGGUGGAGGCGGAGUGUGCACGCUGCAGGGAUAAGUGGUGGGCGCAUUUCCUGUAUAUCAACAACUUCAUUGAAAAGGACGAAAAGUGCUUGAUUCAAACAUGGUUUCUCGCGGUGGACAUGCAACUUUAUGUAUUUACGGGCUUUCUGACUCUCAUCUUGGGCCGGUCACCACGCAGAGCUAUCAAGGUCCUAAGCUUCCUUUUAGUUUGCGCGAUCGUUGCUAAUUUCAUUAUCGCCUACUACUGGAACUUGAAAGCAAUGCUAUUCCUUACUUAUCCCAAGUAA